CUGGGGAACUUUCUCAUUGUCCCAAACAGAAACUCUGUCCCCAUUAAACACUAACUCCCUACCCGCUCCCUGAGCCCCUGGUAACCUCAAAUCUACUUUCUGUCUCUAUGAAUCCAGCUAAUCUAUGUAUCGUGUAUAAGUGGAAUCCCACAUUGUCACUGGCUUAACUCAUUUAGCUUGAUGUCCUCAAGGUACAUCCAUGUUGUAGCCUGUGUCAGAAUCUCCUUCCUUUAGAGGCCGAAUAGCAUUCCAUUACGUGGACGGGCACAUUUUGCUUCUCUGCUCAUCCACUGAUGGAUUGGAUUCUUUCCGUCUUUAGGUGAGUGUGAAUCGGGCUGCUGUGAACCCGGGUGUACAAACACCUGUUUGGGUCCCUGCUUUCAAUUCUCCUGGGUGCAUACCCAGCGGUGGAUUGCUUGAUCAUAUGGUGCCUUGUGGUAUUUUAAUAGUAGAGCUUUAGCUGUGAUUGUGAGGGGGGGUGGGGUGGCGCCCUCGGGUAGUGUGGGGUCUCCGCCGAGGCUCAGAUGCAGGCACUGGGUCUGGAGAACGUUUCCUGGACUGAGCUGACAACCUGUCCCUGUGGGACCAAAGGCCCAGGUCAGCCUGCCUGAGAGCCCAGGGGGGCGGAGGCCUGGGUGUGCAAUUAACGUUAUGUUUUUACUUUGCUCUCAUUUUUUAGAGAUUACCUUUUAUGUUAAAUUUAAUGAUUAUAUAAGAUACUUGCAUGAUGUCAGGUUAAAAUCUGUAAGACAAAGUAUAGCCUCCACUGCUGUUCCUUCUGUCCUGUUUCCGCCUUCCUCCUACAAAUAUCCCUUUGUUUUUUUUAACAUGUUUAUUGGAAUAUAAUUGCUUUACAAUGGUGUGUUAGUUUCUGCUUUAUAACAAAGUGAAUCAGCUAUACACAUACAUAUAUCCCCAUAUCUCCUCCCUCUGCGUCUCCCUCCCUCCCUGAAUAUCCCUUUUGGAAAAGCUUGGUUUCUGUUUCCAUUGGUUUCUUUUCACUAUAUCCGCAUGGCCUGCUUCUUAAGUGCCCGGUCACCUGCUGUUCACACGCUCUCUACACUUUGCUUCUGACUUGACGGUGUUUCUGGAAGGCAUGCUCUUCGUUCAGAACCACCCCGAUCCCUGCCCUUUGCAGCCGCACAGCCCGCCACGGGGUGGGCAUGCUGACGAGCUCCCAUGGCUGCAGCAACACACACGCGCCACCUGACAGUCGUGGAGUCAGAAGUCUGAGACUGGUCAGCCCUGGGCUGGAGUUGCAGUGGGGCAGGGCGGGGCCCUCCUGCAGGUUCGGGGGAGCACCCGUGUCCCGCCUUUUCCAGCUUCCAGAGGCGCCACGUUCCUGGGCUUGUGGCCCUGCCUUCCUGAGAGCUCCGCUCCUUUGUCGCCUCUUCUCUGACCUCCCCCCUGCCACCUCCUCUGUCCCUUCGAAGGGCCCAGUGGUUACUCUGGGCCCACCUGGAUCAUACAGAGCAACCCCUACAUCUCACCCUCCUUCACGUACCCCCAUCGGCAGGGUCCCCUUAGCCACAUGAGGUGGCACGUCCGCAGCGUCCAGGGGUUGGGACGUGGGCACGUAGGGGCCCGUCGUCCUGCUACCACAUGUGUUCCUGGUGAGUGUCAGGCUGCUUCCUAGCUUUGCGACCACAGGCGGGGCCGCGGGUAUCAUGCCUCACGCGUGACCCGGCGCGUCUUCCAGUUGGUUCCUAGAAGCGGGCUGUGUGGGAUGCAGGACGGAUGCACGUGUGAUGCCGCCAGACACGCCCGCCGUCCGUUGGGCUUGUGCGCCCCUGGGCCCCUGCCCAGGGCUGCUGCCAGGGCUGGGCCUCCGCCAGCCCGACAGGUGAGAAAUGGCAUCUCGCAUUUCUUUUAUGACAGGCAAGGUUGAGCAUCUUUUUAAAGUGUUCGAAGACCAUUUUCACACCCUUUGUCCCCUUUUCUCCUGGGCUGAUGGUCUUUUUUAUUUUUAAAGCCUCAUUGUAUUGGUGAUGUUAACCUUUUAUUUCUCAGUGAGUUGCACAUACUUUCCCCGUUCAUUAUUUGUCUUUCACCUUCGUUGCUGUGGGUUUUUCCUUGUGUGUAGUCGUGUCUGUCGGUCUUCCUUGUUGCUUUCAGGUUUGGGGCCACAGGGAUGUGUCCCCCCUUCUAGCUGUAGAGGACCCCAUCCUGUUUCCUUCAGCACGUCUGUGUUUCCCUAAUCAUGUUAAACCUAUCAUGCAUUUGGAAUUUAUUCUGCCUUGUAAAGUGUCAUGAAUGGAUCACAUUACAUCUUUUCUUAUGUAGCUGUUCGGUUAUCCCAACGCCAUUUUUUCAUAAAAAGUCUAUUUUGUCCAUAAAUUUGAGACGCCGCCUUUGUUAUGUACUAAGUAUCCUUUGUUAUGUACUAAGUAUCCUUAUGCCGUUGGGUCUAUUUCUGGAUUUUCCCUCCUGCCCCUUGGCCUGCCUGCCUGUUCCGCUGUAGGACCGCACGUUAUCACGGAAGGUGUAUAUACGCGCUCUGACACCUGGUCAGGGCUCACGUCCCUGCCUGGCUGUUCUUUUAAAGUUUUCUUCUUGGCUAUUUUUACUUGAUUGUCUUUCCCUAUGAAUUAUGUGACCAACUUGUCAGCUCCAGGAAAAAAAAAUCUGCCAAACGUGUAAGCAGUGUUCAAUUAAAAUGAAAAUUACCCCCCGCCAUUUGUCCCCAACUAUUCCAGGCCUUGGAGGCGCUGCUGCGGCCAGUGGCAUGUCACACGGAAAGCCCGGGGCUGCCCUGGUGCCCUGGGAUCUACAGACUUUAUUCCUUUUCAUGCUUAGAUCUAAUUCUAUUUCUUCUUUGUCUGUCUUAAGUCGAUUAUGGGAGGACGCAGCUCAGAAGCCGAGACCAGUUCCAUUUGAGGAAAUGGUUUCAUGGCACCGAUGCUCUCAACCUUGGAGGCUGCUCAUAAAAUGCCAGAGGCUUUCUGGCCCUUUGCUGCUCUGUGUGAGCUGCGGCCGGGGUCCCUCUGCACCAAACCCCAGCGCUUUAAACGGCCUCUGAUUGGAGCCUCUCCCGUCGGGGGCUCUGCGGAGCCCGCAGGGGCCUGGCCCACUCGGCCUCUUCCAGCUGGGCCGCUGGGGGCCUAAAGCCCUUUUCGGCUGCCCCUCCAGAGAGCGUUCGGAUGCCACUGACUCUAAGGGGAAGCCCAGCACCGGCUCAAACAAACGUGAAUGUGCCCGGCGGCCGUGGGCCUCCGGGGGCCGGUCUGGGCCGCUGGGGCCGCGCUGGCGCCCCCUGGCCUGGGUGGGACAGGGUGGUGAAGGAGCUCAGGGUGUGGGCUGGACUGGGGCCGCCUGGACAGGGAGGCGGGAGGGUGCCUGGGGGAGGCCAGUGGGAGCCGGGCGGGCCAGUGCCCGCAGGCGUGGUCACGGACACUGGCAGGAAGCAGGAUGUUCUCACGGCCGUGACAAAGCACCACAACGGGGCGGCCUCAGACAACAGAGGUGUGUCCUCCCGUGGUCUGGAAUGGAGGUGGCCGCGGGCUGGCCCCUCCUGGGGCUGGAGGGGAGGCCGGGUUUCCCCUCUCCUCCCCUAGGGUUUUCAGCUGGACCUGAGAAUUAAAGUGACGUAAGGCAGAGGAACGGGAGAAAAGCAUACACAGUUAAUGUGUGCAUCGUGCAGAAGCGGGACACGGAGAAGAUGUACGCGAUGAAGUACAUGAACAAGCAGCAGUGCAUUGAGCGGGGUGAGGUCCGCAAUGUGUUCCGGGAGCUGGAGAUCCUGCAGGAGAUCGAGCACGUCUUCCUGGUGAACCUGUGGUACUCCUUCCAGGACGAGGAGGACAUGUUCAUGGUGGUGGACCUGCUGCCGGGGGGAGACCUGCGCUACCACUUGCAGCAGAACGUCCAGUUCUCUGAGGACACCGUGAGGCUAUACGUUUGUGAGACGGCACUGGCCCUUGACUACCUGCGCAGUCAGCACAUCAUCCACAGAGACGUGAAGCCCGAUAACAUCCUCCUGGAUGAGCGAGGACAUGCGCACCUGACUGACUUCAACAUCGCCACCAUCAUAAAGGAUGGCGAGAGGGCGACUGCGCUGGCCGGGACCAAGCCGUACAUGGCUCCGGAGAUCUUCCAGUCUUUUGUCAACGGUGGGACUGGCUACUCCUUCGAGGUGGACUGGUGGUCGGUGGGGGUGAUGGCCUAUGAACUGCUGCGUGGAUGGAGGCCCUACGACAUCCACUCGGGCAACACCGCGGAGUCCCUGGUGCAGCUGUUCAGCACCGUGAGCGUCCAGUACGUGCCCACCUGGUCCAAGGAGAUGGUGGCCCUGCUGCGGAAGCUGCUCACCGUGAACCCCAAGCACCGCGUGUCCAGCCUGCAGGACAUGCAGGCGGCCCCCGCACUGGCCGAUGUUCUGUGGACCGAGCUGAGUGAGAAGAAGGUGGAGCCCGGCUUCGUGCCCAACAAAGGCCGCCUGCACUGCGACCCCACCUUCGAGCUGGAGGAGAUGAUCCUGGAGUCGCGGCCGCUGCACAAGAAGAAGAAGCGCCUGGCCAAGAACAGGUCGCGGGACAGCAGCAGGGACAGCUCCCAGUCGGAGAAUGACUACCUUCAGGACUGCCUUGAUGCCAUCCAGCAAGACUUCGUGAUUUUUAAUAGAGAAAAGCUGAAGAAGAGCCAGGACCCCACGAGCGAGCCCCUGCCCGCACCUGAGCCCGGGGAGGGCGCAGAGGCCUUGGCGGACGGCGAGGGGGCGCGCUCGGCCCUGCGUGUGUGCGGCACCAUUUGCCCCUCGGCCGGGAGCAGCUAGGCGGCCCCUGCCCACGGCGUCAGCUCAGGUCACGCCGGAGACUCGGGGCCUCCAGAGGGACCCGGCGGCGGGCGGAGGCCCAGCAUCGACCUUCCCACGGAGUGGCCCGGUGGGUCCAGGCCCAGGCCCAGGCCGGCGGCUCCCGCUGCAGCCCAGCUGGACUUUCCCUGGACAGUCUGACCGCCGAGGCUGCCCUCCGGCUCUCGGCAGCACGUGGUGACAAGAGGCUGUGGGUGUGGCCAAGAGCAGUGGGCACGGAGGGCGGGGCCACCCGGGCGAUAGCGGACGGAAGCACGUGGCCCGCACGCGGGCUCUCCUGGUGGCCCCCCGACGGGCCGCGUGGUUGGACGGGCACCCUGGUCUCCUGCCACCUGCUGUACAUAGCUCGCCUCGCCCGGCCGUGCCGCCUGGAGCCGGGGUGGGGGUGGGGGGCCAGCCCAGGGGCUGCUCGGCUCCUGUCCAUCAAGGGGGGAGGGGUGUGGGCGUGAAGAGUGUUUUAUAGAGAUACAGACCGUUCUGCUAAUUUCUGCUGUGUUCCUGUAUAGUUUCCACCUCUGAGAAAAACAACAUGAGAACCACUCGG